AUGGUAGGUGUCACGACUGCCAGGCUGGAAUGCAUGGCCUUCGUCCAGAAGUUUCCAGAGGAGCUUGAAACAUGCAAGGAGAACCUGGAAUCACUUCGACGGGCAUUGGUUUGCACCUGCAACCGGCUUCCUGCUCUACGUCGGUUUUGGGCCACUGUGUUACAAGCUGGCAAUGCUUUGAACAGUGGCUCCAUGGCGAACACGACCGAGCGCGGCUUCAGACUUGCGAGUAUUUCCAAGUUAUUGGACUUGCGAUCGCCGCUUCGCCGCGAUGUCUCCCUAUUCCACUUUGUUCUGUUGCAGUUGCAGGCGAGCGAUGUGCAGGACCUUUGCUCUCCAGACUUUGUGGAAGCUUUGCAGUCUGCCUACCUGAGACGUGCUUUCACAGUGCACCACGACACGAUCAGUCAUCUAGAAGGAUUUCGCCAUAUCGAGAGUUUGGUUGACACCGGCACGUUCAAGGGAGAGAAGAUCGGCAUCAUGCCAGCUCAGAGCAAAGCUGGUGCGGAGGCUCCCGAGGGGCAUGGAGACCCUUUCUUUUCUUGCAUGCGGGACUUUGCCACAACUUCACGCGAAGCUUGUGCAGAAAUUUGGAGCUUGAAUGCAGAGAUUCAAAGAGCCUACAAGGAACUCAGCCUUUAUUUCGACGAUCCUGCUUACGUUUAUCCUCCACCGAAAGAUGACCAGGAUGGCAAGCGAGAUUUGCUUGGUCUUCUGCACAGCUUCGUCUCUGACUGUGUCAGAGUCAGACAGGAAAUCGAUGUUUCGGACUUUCCUGCGGAGGUGCGGUUGCAAUGCCGCUUCUCUCCGCCGUAUUUGGAUUCUGAUUCGUCAGACAGCUCAAGUGAGGUCAGCCCCACUCUGCUGACCUCGCCCGACAAGAAGGGGCCUUUGCUAAGUGGCCCCAAGAUGGAGAUGCCUGGGAUGCCUUCCGUGCCUCCGCCAGACAGAGCGCCAAAGCGCUCGCAAGGCCGAUCCUUGGUGCUUGGAGCUCCGCCGCUGUCGCCUGGGACGGGGCACCCUGGGCACCAAGCACAGGCCCUAAGCCCUGUACUGCCAACAACGCCUGGAUCCACCGGAUCCCGGCAAUGCAGGACGCCAGAACCAGCAUACGACAGGCUUGCUCGCAAGAGCCUUACAAGGCAAGUAGACCGUGACUGUGCUGAAUGUCUCGGCGCCAGCGCUGCGCGAAUCCGUGGUGACUCCGGGUCGUCUCUGAAUUACACGAGCUCCUCCCAAACCUCAUGUUUAAGUCCGGUCUCUUCUGGAUCUGGAGAGAGUGCGAGGUCAAGCAUUUGCCCGUCCGACCUCAAGACACAGCUUCGGGAUGUUUGGAAGCGACGAACUCACACCGGAGGCAGAGAGGCCGAGCCUCCUCGUGCGCUCAGAAGCCCAUCGCCCGCCGAGGCGGCCUGGCUUAGCAUGGAGUUUUCGGCGACAACGCCCAGGCGGUCGAGGACCACUUCGCUUUCACCAGUGAAAGAGCAGGGAGAGACUCCUCACAGACCCGUCAUAUGUCAAUAG